AUGGAAUACCGAAAGAAUGAAAAUGUAGAGAACCGUGUAAGCUGUGAUUACAAUAAUUAUCCUCAAGAAGGCAAAGUAUGCGACGUGCCCGUUGACAACUGGUCGCCAUGCACGGCCGACAACCAGUACAACUUCCACAGAAGCGCGCCUUGCAUAUUUUUGAAACUCAAUAAGAUUUACGGCUGGAAACCGCAAUAUUAUAACAGCACCGACGUUCUUCCCGAGAAAAUGCCAAAAGACUUGAAAGACCACAUCGCUAGCGAACGAGGACGCAACCCUAAAACGAUGGAUACAGUGUGGGUAUCUUGCGAGGGUGAGAACCCAGCCGAUGUUGAAAAUAUGGGUGCCAUUCAAUUUAUCCCUCGCCGCGGUUUCCCAGGAUUCUACUACCCUUUCACCAAUGUUGAAGGAUAUCUCAGCCCAUUAGUCGCAGUGUACUUUGAGCGGCCGAAAGUUGGAGUCUUGAUCAACAUUGAGUGCAAGGCAUGGGCGCAGAACAUUAUCCACGACAGAGCCGACAGGAGGGGCUCCGUGCACUUCGAGCUCAUGGUCGACUUCUAAGGAAAGCAGUGACGCGCCGCAUCAGACGCUUAUCAACAACGAUUCAUCGGCCGUCUUAACUUUAACACUACCAACGCAUAAUAAAUAAAUAGAUAAAUAUAACAAGAAAAUACCAAAACAUACAUCUACAUAAAUAACAUUUACAUGAUACACGAACAUAUUACACGACACAAGAUCAUUCCAUCGUCACACAAAACACGCGCUCGCAAAGCGACACUCACUAAACAAUCGACAUCACAUUUACACGACACAUUAAUAGUUAUUAUUAAGUACCAAGUGUUUGAUUCGAGAGGUGACAAGUAAAACAUUUGAAGUUUGGGAAGCACUGGAUAGAGAGUCACCUCGUCUAAUGUGGAUUCACGAGUCGUCGCGUAACCAAAAAAUUAACAAAAAUUUAAAGUUUUAACUAAAUCGUACAAAA